GGAAACUACUCGUACGGACUACAAACGACAGAAAAAACCUGGAUUUCUCACACUGAAGCACGGCUUGGGUUUUAGGAGAACCCGGAAACUUCAAGAUCUCACAAAGCUCGGGAACGACGGUGUGCAUUAUGGCAGAAGUGCGCUCCAGGGGCCAAGCUCGAAGGAAAGGGGCCGGAGGAGACGGAGGUGGAUAUCCAACUCCCAGCUCACCCGAAAGGGUGUCUAUCUCGGAAACCAAUGCGGAGAAGCUCGUUGGACCACACGUGUCUCAUCCGAUUAUCUCUCCAACAUCAGCGUUUUCGAUUCUGCUUGUCGUCCGAUUGCUUUCUGCAGUGUAUGCUACCAUCCCAGAUUGUGACGAGGUCUUCAAUUAUUGGGAACCUGCUCAUUACCUUACACAUGGAUACGGUCUUCAAACGUGGGAGUAUUCGCCGGUAUACGCUAUUCGUAGUUGGGCCUAUGUGGGACUACAUGCCAUUGCCACUAGAGCGAUAUCUUUAGUCCCCCAGCUUGAGAAGACCUAUGAGUUCUACGGCCUGAGGUGUUUAUUUGCUGUGUUUUGUGCUUACUCUGAGAAAAGACUGUACGCAGUGGUAUCAUCGAGCAUCAACCCGAGAGUCGGAAUUCUGUAUCUUGUACUUACUAUCGGAAGCGCUGGCAUGUUCCAUGCGGCUGCCGCGUUUCUUCCAUCUACCUUUGCUAUGUACACCACAAUGCUCGCAAUGGCGUCAUUCAUGGAUCGUCGUUGGGGAUCUCGCAGUGUUCAAGGCGUUGUCUGGUUUGCUGUCGGGGGACUACUUGGAUGGCCUUUCAGUAUGGCCAUGUGCAUCCCAUUUGUGCUUGAAGAAAUCUUCGUGGGAUGUAUAGCCUGGGACCUUGUCCCGACUCUUUUACGGCUGGCCAAAGGCGGAGCUGUGUCACUGAUCUUGCUUGCCUCAAUCGUUGGUGUGGAUUAUUUGGCCUAUAGGAAACUUGAAAUAGUCCCAUUGAAUAUUGUUCUUUAUAAUGUUUUCAGCGGAGCUGGAAAAGGUCCAAAUGUUUAUGGCACAGAACCGUGGUGGUUUUAUCUAGCCAACUUGACUCUAAAUUUCAAUAUCCUGCUUCCCCUUGCCCUUGCUAGUUAUCCGCUUUUGAUCUUGUAUUAUCUUGCUUGUCGAAGUGUAGCAAUUGGUGUUACACCCCGGAUGGCGUCAAUUUCUCUGCCAUUCUACCUUUGGCUUGCUGUUUUUACAACCCAACCUCACAAGGAAGAACGGUUCAUGUUCGUCGCUUAUCCGGCGCUGUGUAUCAAUGCAGCCGUCUCAUACCAUAUUAUUCUCACUGUCUGGGGGGGCCUCUCGGGCCGUCUCACUAACGGAAAAGCUCGAGAGUUCCUCGACCGGACUGUCAUAGUUGCACCUUUAUCGUUGGCAAUGAUAGCUUCCAUCGGUCGCAUACUGGCUGUGACUUCGGGAUAUUCCGCACCGCUGCAUGUUUAUUCCGUGUUACCGUCCGAUGCGCAGGGAUACCUCUGCCUGGCGAAGGAAUGGUACCGGUUUCCAUCGUCUUACUUCUUACCGGAUGGUAUAAGAGUAAAGUUUGUCAAGAGUGCUUUUGAUGGGCUCCUGCCUGGCGAAUUCCCCGAAACCGGCGACCCUUGGUCGCGGCCGGGAACAUGGAUGAUUCCUUCCGGCAUGAACGACGAGAACAAAGGGGAUCCAUCAAAAUAUGUGUCAUUAGAAUUAUGUGAUUAUAUGGUAGAAUCCUACUUUAGCCGUCCAGUGGAAGAGUUCGAGGCAGAUUACGCCUUAGAUCAGGGACAGUGGGAGAGUGUAUAUUGCGAGAACUUUCUGGACUCUACCCAGACGGGUAUGCUAGGAAGGACACUAUGGGUGCCAAGCUGGGUACCUGUGAAGAAGAGCUGGGGCAGGUAUUGCCUUCUCAAGAGGGCAGCUCGGUAAAUAGUGUUGCUGUUGUUCUCUACAACUGGGUUGGGGAUUUGGAAAGCUGGUGUAAGCCUCACAGUGUUGCUUUGUUGGUAUGGCGAACCACGCAGGUGCUGGUCGACUGGCGGUGCCGCAAUAGAUAUACUUAAUGACCAAUUGCGGGUAGAUAGCUCUCUCGUAACUAGUCUGCAUGGGAGGCCGUGCACUUCCGUA